AUGGACUGGUCUCUGUGUUACGAGCGCUGCAGCAGCAGCCCCCUCUUCCUUCCUCCCCAGGGGGGCCGUCGGUGGCUGCCGGUGCUGCGGCUGGGUGCUGCGGUGUCACUGCAGCAGCAAGCAGCAGCAGCAGCAGCAGCAGCAGCAGGAGGGAGAACACCGCCACCGCCAUCACCAUCAUCAUCAUCAGCAGCAGCAGCAGCAGCACCAGCAGCAGCAGCAGCAGCAGCAGCAGCAGCAGGGCAUCAUCAUCAUCAGCAGCAGCAGCAGCAGCACCAGCAGCAGCAGCAGCAGCAGCAGCAGCAGCAGGGGGAGAGGCUGUGCUGCGGCUCGCUUUCUCUCCUUGCGGCAGCAUGCUAG